GCCCCGCCGAUGAACACGGAGGACAUGACCGUGGCCAUCAAGGCGAUGUUGCGUGGGCCGACUCCCAAGAGCCAGGUGCCCGUGCAUGCGGCCUACGAUCCUGGUGCAAUCCCCAUGGCCUACACCGCACCCUGGUUUGGCGCUGCAAGCCUUCGCCAGACCGGCACCGUAAAGAAGCUUGUCGAAGGCAAAGGCUUCGGCUUCGUCGAGGCCGAUGAAUAUGUGGCGUGCUUCGGGGACAUCUUCUUACAUUUCUCGGACAUGAGGCACGGGAGCAGUGCGGCCGGAGCUCUACAAGUGGGUUCGCGCGUGAGCUUCCAGACCGAGAUCGAUUUCUUGUCAGGGCGCGGACGUGCCCGCGACAUUCUCCCCGUGACCGAGGAGGUCACCGCCGCUAUGAAAGCUCAAGGAGUCCAAGAUACCUGGGUUGAGAUGCACAGCACUACCUACUCGAAGUCGCAGCUCCUGUCGGUGUUCAACACAAUGCGUGCCAAAGACAACCGGCGAAGGACAUGGAAGUCAAGCGCUCAGCGCAAGCUUGGGAUUCGCACG